AUGCAUUUCCCUGCAGGCAACUGGUAUAAAAUCUUCCCCCAGCCUGAGCUCCCAGGAGCCGACUGCUUCCUAUGGCUGCCACUCUGGGUACACUGGCUUGAAUGUGUCCACUACCAACAACCACUUGACCCUGAUGACAACAUCUUCCCUGCGAUGGGGGCUAAUGGUGUUGUACAGCCCUGUGAGCCAAUCUCACAUGAUGCUGUGCAACAGUGGAUCAAUGAAGCAACAACUGGCAUGGGAAUUCAAGGCUCCUUCUCGACCCAUUGCUUUUGA